CUGUGUGUUUCAAAUCAGGAGCCAAGUGGAGCAGCUCAACUCUUGUUUGUGGGGAUGAGAAGUGGGCAGGAAAGGGAAAAGCUGUGCAGUCUAAUCAGAGACAGUGUGCACAAUAUGUGUGAUUUAUGAAAGGCGUUUCUGCCCAGUUAGAGAGAGAGAGAGAGAGAGAGGGAGAGAAGAGAGAGAGAGAGAGAGAGAGAGUCUACAGCUCAGUGACUGCUUCCAAACUCUCCUCCAGCCCAGCUUUGGGUGGGGGAAUUCUUUUCAAAAAUUGUUCCUUUUUUUUUAAAAAAAAGUAGCCCAAGAGAGAGAGAGAGAGAGAGAGAGAGAAAGAGAGAAAGAGAGGAAGUUCAGAAGCAAAUCUGUGCAUCCGAUCCACGGAGUGGAGUGGCCCUGCGGUGAUCCUGGAUUGAUGGCAAAAGUGAGAUCCAGUUUAAGCAGAUGAGGAGUUGGGUUUUGCACAGAGAAGGGGAAGGAAGCAUCAUUCAAGGGGAUGGACGUGGCGGGGCUGUGGGUGCAGUUAGUCUGCAGUGGAGCACAGCAGGCUCCUGUCUACCAACAUGAGGCUGAAGAGGAAUGGGUCGUACACGUUGCACAGGAAGUCGAAGACUAAGCCAAAUGGUAAAAAAACAGCAGCCGAAGAGAAGAAAUUGUACUUGGAGCCGGAAUAUACCAAAGCCCGAAUUACAGACUUCAACUUCAAGGAGCUGGUGACUUUGCCGCGUGAAAUUGACUUAAAUGAAUGGCUGGCCAGCAACACAACAACAUUCUUCAAUCACAUAAACUUACAGUACAGCACCAUCUCCGAGUUCUGCACUGGAGAAACAUGUCAGACUAUGACCGUGUGCAAUACGCAAUAUUACUGGUAUGAUGAGAGGGGAAAGAAAAUCAAAUGCACAGCACCCCAGUAUGUGGACUUCGUAAUGACUAGUGUACAGAAGUCUGUGACAGAUGAAGAUAUUUUUCCAACAAAAUAUGGCAAAGACUUCCCAAACUCCUUCGAGUCUCUAGUUAAAAAAAUCUGCAAGUAUCUAUUCCACGUACUAACGCACAUCUACUGGUCCCAUUUUAAGGAGUCUGUUGCAUUGGACCUACACGGACAUUUGAAUGCACUGUAUACACAUUUUAUGUUAUUUAUAAGGGAAUUCAACUUGGUAGACCCAAAGGAAACAGUUAUCAUGGAUGACCUGACUGAAAUUCUCUGCAACAGCACAGAGGCACAGAACCACAUCAAGGAAAGAUGAACCACAUAUGUGCAAGGAAAGGACAUUUGAUCAUGACGACUGUGGGACUUGCUCGGAUGUGGAAUUUCAUUUCGCGCAACGUAAAUGAGGUGUUAUUUUUAGGAAAGAACCACAUUUGACAUGGGAAGAUGCUUUCUAGAAUGGUGGUAUUGCCAUUUUUAAUGUAUCCUGAUCUGCUAUUAAGUGACCUCUUAUCUAUUGAAGUGGCAGGCUGACUGACAAAUGUGCUUUGUGAAUCUGCUUUCUCCCCGCGCAGAGUAGGGAAGGGAGAGCCAUGACAUUUACCAGAAAACAGUGCUGGGAAUUUGGAUGAUCAAGUUCUUGGGAUACCAAAGCCAUUGUAUUGCUAUUGAUCCAGUGCCUCUCCUCACUAUUGCACUCAAACCAGUAGGUGCAUUCAGGCAGCAGUGUUCAUAUUUCUAUUUUUAAAAAAACUUAACCCACAGCUGCUAAUAAUACUUGGCUUGGAUUCAUACCUGUUGGAUGAAAUGCCCGUGUCCCCAACCCCCCAUAAGAUGUUCUAUACUCCUAAGUUAACCAAUUAGCCUCAAAAUAUGAACAAGUAUUUAAGCCAAUGCUGAUGGGAGGGAAUGGUGUAACAACAUGAGUGAUUCCAAGUGACCAGGCCCCAGUUUAGCAUUAGAAUGAAUGGGUGACUGGGGCUUCUGUUGCCACUUUUCAGUGCGCUCCCAUCACAUGGGGCCCUUCGCUCCACUAUCUGGGAACUUUUCUGAUUUAGUGCAAGGGAAAUGUCAGUCUGAUUCUUCUCCAAAGGCAGCCACUUACGAGCGUCCAUAGAAGCCACACUUGCUUUGUAAAUACUUCUGAAAGGUUGGUGUGGUGUAUGAGUGCAAAUAGCAAAUGUAGUGACUUUAUUGAUUUAUUACGCCUAAUUUUUGUUAUCGCAUCUUCUAACUUUUAGCUAUGCAGCUGAACCCUCAAGUUUGUUGGGAAUAAAUAAAGGGAGAGUUAAUUAAGAGUUGGGGAUCACAGAUUUCCAAUCUGGGUUCCCUUGGUGUUGGUUUAAAGCUGAGGGAUGGCACACAAUAUUCUGAUUAUUUUAUUUAGAAGUGUAGUUUUUCCCCCACCCACCGUUUAAGUUUGUUUCUCUUAUGUUACGUUGGGAAAAUGUUGAACCUCAAACCUCAGGUGGUUGUGGUUCAGUCUGGUUUCCUGCAAAUGUUUUUCAAGCAAAUUUAUUUUAUUUUUUGGCUUCAUUAAUAUAAAAUCAUAAAUAAAAAGGGACAAAAAAGAAAUGCCUGCAUGGUUGUGGAUUGAUGCUUACUGUACAGUGCAUAUAUUUAUAGAAGGGUAUGCCUUACUGUAUAUAAAUAUUCACCGACACAUUCUAUGCCUUAGACUGUGCUGAAGUUUAUAACGGUACUGGCAAAGCCAGUCUGGAGCUCUGAAUGCUAAAAUGUGAGAGAGAGUAAGUGAGGAGUCAAACAGUUGUGUCCGUGCAGGGUCACCACCAACUGUUACUGCUCACUUACAAAAUAACCACCUUGAAAGCCUGAUCAGCAAACCUACAACUCGUGAUCUGUAAAUAAUGUGGUUAUUACCUUUAUACAAGAUGAGACAAUCCUCCUUGCCGUUCUUCAGACUGGGUAAGAUGUUGCCCAUGCAGGGAAAAAAAUCAAAUAAAAUAAAUAAAACCUU